AUGUCGGCAACGUGAGUGCGGCACACGUUUCUACAGUGUAUAUAUUGUGCGCGUGUGUAUGUGUGUGUGUAGGUACUGCUAUAAUUCACUCCUCUGCUCUCGCGAAAAAACUUAAUCAAAACAAAUCGAUGAGCGGUAUUGAUCCUUGGCUAGCAUCUAGACUGAGCCCGGACGCCGAAUGUGAAAGAAAAAUGAACCUCAACUCAAGUGAAAUGAGCCAAAGCGAAGAGUGGACAUGCAAUCCGUUUAAUAAGAAAAAACCAUUUCACGUGUCCAUGGUGUCAGACAUGAUAAUAACGCACCACGAUAGUGCCAUGAAGGACAGACUGUCCGGAAAAUCUCAUGCUGUUUCGGUACAGUUGCCGCAGCAAAGGAAUGAGGAGCAAUGUGAAAACCUCGAUGGGGAAACGCAGCAACAUGCCGAAAGAACUGGUCCGCACCGAAAUCAGUUAAAGAACGUCAGCAAAGAGGACCCGAUGUCACAUCGUAUAAUAGAAAAACGACGACGCGAUAGAAUGAAUAAUUGCUUGGCCGAUCUGUCACGACUCAUACCAGCCGAAUAUAUGAAAAAAGGUCGAGGUCGAGUUGAAAAAACCGAAAUAAUCGAAAUGGCCAUCAAACACAUGAAGUACCUACAAUCUAACGUUUCCUCGUCGGCGGUGAAUCAGCCAUCACCACGUGAACCCGCAGAACCACUGGAAGCCGAAAAAUCCGAAAAUUCUACCCCCGAACAACCCGAAAACUCCAUUUUGAUGGCAGAACAGUACAAGAUGGGGUUUUUGGAAUGUCUGACAGAGACCAUGCAGUAUCUCGUCGAGGGGCACGGAUAUCCGCCCAACCACGGAUUGUGCUUGUCUCUCAUAAACCACUUGCAGCAACAUUGUGCUCAGAUAAUCAAAGGGAAACAAGUGAUCCAUGAUGUGAUGAAACAAGAGAUCAUGCUGGAAGUAAACAAGUUCAACGCGAACAUGCUAUCAUACCUUGACGUUGAGGGGACUUACGACGAGACCGGUCAACAAAAACCUUCUUUGAAAAACUUGAAAUCUCAUACGUCGGCAAACGCGUCAUAUGACCAGACCAUAGCGGACAGGUGCAACAUGUCGUUCACGACGGACUCGUAUUCGUCCAACGGGUCCAUGUACAAGUUCAAGACGGACAUCAAACAGCGGUUCAGCGCCGAGAACAGCGGCGAGGACCUGGCCGAUUACUACGCGCCGGGCAAGAAACGGCGCCGGAAAGAAUCGUCCGACUGCACCGAAGACUGCAGACAGGAGGUGCCGAUAUUCGCGCUGCACGCCAAUGGGUCGUACUACAUACCGCUGACCGUCAACAGGGACAUCAUACCGCCCGUCCUGGACCACGCGCUAACCGAAAACCGUUCGUCGGUCAUCGUGCACCCGAUAUCGAUUUCGGUCAACUUCCAAGCGACCAAUCAGUUCUGAAGAACGGCGACGUAAUCCCGACGGCGCUUGGCGGACGGAUCACGGCAUGUCACUGCAGAGACGCAGCGCGGGGCCGGGGCUGCUGACAAAUCGACACAAGAAACGACGAAUUGGAACAAAAUACGCGCCCUUGGGCAUAAUAAUAUAUUAUGAUGUUUCCCGAUUUUUGGUUCUCCGCGGUUGAGCUUAUUAUUAUACACGUGCAACUGUGCGUUUGGUUUUGUUUUAUUCAGAAAAAACUUUUUGGGCUUCAAAACUCGUCCAAAUAUUUCAAAAACCUGCACUUAAUGGAUAUAGGAAAUCGAACACAAAAAUUAAAAUGUUCUAUUAUGGGUGUUAUUGGCUCCCAUAUAAGCAAUUCUCAAAAGCUUAAGGUUUGAAAUCGAAAAACGAUCAAAAACAACCGCGAAUAAAUGAGUAAUAAAUAUUGUAAUUUUAAUUCAGUUAAGGUGUCAUAAUUAUAUUUACUAAUUUCAAUGCUCAGCGAGUAAUAAAGUUUCAGUAAGUUGACAAUUGUCAGGAACCCCUAUAUCCCUGUUCCCUCCUGCACCGGCAAUACAUAUCCAGACGAACCAUCACCUGUGUUGGGAAUAUGACUCUGGACUGAGGUCUUGUAAGCUUAAAAAUUUAUCAAUAUAUUGUCGGCGAUAUGGUGCAAUUUUAAAUGUGUAUGUAACUUAGAGUAUAUAAAUAAAAUCAUUACAUUAUUGUCGUUAAUGAUUUAAGCAUAUUUUCCUAUUUUCCUAUACAGUUAUUGUAAAUUUUCUAUGUAUCAAAACCAAUAAAUUUACUAUAGAUUGUUUAA